AUGGCUGGACCUUCAGACACCAAAGAGAGGCAUGAUGAGAUCAAAAGGGAAAACCGAGUUCAAGCCUCAACCAGCCCUCAGAUGCAACAGUGGGUAUCCCAAUCUGGUAAAGAUGAUCCAUGGACACCUCUUCGUCACGUUGCUUCUACCGCUCGGCAUGUUGUUUCCGACCCUACGAUCGAAGAUAAACCCAGAGAUACUUUGGAAAGCUGUGCUACCCAAAGAUCUACCCAGGGAAUCGCAAACAUCUAA